AUAAUACACCGAGCGAUAUUAUUGUGAUUAAUUCGAUAUACACUAUUAUUAAUUUAAAAAUAUAAUAAUGUUUUUUUUAUAAUAAUCUUAAUGAACCAUAUUUUCUAGUUCUUAUUAAUUCUAUAUUCAAUGAAGAUAGUAAUUAAAAAGGCAACAGAGGAAGAAAUCGCGAGGUGUACACGAGUGUAUCAAGUGCCGUGCACGUUUCCGUCACAUGAUGAAAUUAGUUGAACACUUGAAGAAUCUGCAUGGUAUUGAAAGAGCAUUCAAUUGCGACGAAUGUGGAAAAGCCUUUCGUAGUCCAAUGAAUAUAACACGUCACAAAUUGAUCCACACCGGUCAAAAGAAAUUUGCUUGCGAUCUUUGUGAUUACGUUUCUAAUCAAAAAUCAAAUUUGGAAUCUCAUCUUCGAAGACAUAGAAAGGAUUACGUUUAUAAGUGCGAAAAGUGUCAGAAAGGAUUCUUUGAUAGGGCAGACUAUGAGGAACAUUUUAACGUACACGUCAAAGAUAAAUUUUAUCAAUGUGAAUAUUGUAAAAAAAUGUAUUCGUAUAAGAAAAAUCUGACUAGGCAUUUAAGAACUCAACAUACGAAUUUGUCCUGUAACACGAAUGUUUCAACUACAGUUACGAACAAACUCAUUGGCAGAGUCAACUUGACCGAUCAAAAAUUAUUGAAAGAUAAAACUUCUAAGUUAAUCACAACGAAAUAUCUUUGUGAUUUGUGCGGUAAAGCAUUAUCCUCGCAUAAGAGACUAUCUAUUCAUAGGCGUGUACAUACUGGUGAAAAAAUAGCCACUUGUGAAAUAUGUUCUAAAAAAUUUAGUAGUAAAGAAAAUUUAAAAAUUCAUUUGCGAAUUCAUACUGGAGAGAAACCGCAUGUUUGUUCCGAAUGCGGCAGACGUUUUACGCAAAGGACAUCUUUGGUUAUGCAUCUUCGUUAUCAUUCAGGAGAAAGACCAUUUAAAUGUCCUGAUUGUGAUAAGAGUUUCAUUUCCGGUACGUUCCUUAAGAACCAUCGUAAGGUACAUGACAAGAUUUGCGCCGAUAGUAAAAAAACCCUUGCAAGAGACAACAGCCAUUUAGAAUUGAACUCGUCAAUUUCUAAAAAGAAUAUAAUAUCAUCUAAAUAGAGACAAUUAUAUGUAUUCUUUAUUUAUAUUAGUAUUAAAUAUUUCCUACGAUCUAACGUCUUGUUUAAAUUAAAUAGAUAUGUUCCUUUCCGUAAUCAAUCGACCGAUUGAUAAGUGAGACGACGUCUAAUACACUGUAAACGUAAGUAUCUACGUAUCAAUCGAAAGAAUUCGAUUAACUCUGCGAUUAUAAUAUAAAUAUUGUAAGUUUUAUUUCUAUUCAUCAUUAAAUCCAAGCUAGCAUACGAUCUGAUUAGGGUAAGAUAAUGUAUAGUAACGAAGUGUUGAAGAUGAUACAAUAGAAACUCAAAGAUCCCAUCCUC